AAUACAUGCAUUUUCACUUUUGGAUGUUUGUUGUAUCAAUAUGAGACAUGUCUCCGUGGUAAUAAGACCAUAUGUACAGUAAAACUCGCCUUAAGCCAAGUUUUUAGUUUUUGUUUUUUUCAAGCGACAACUGGUACGUCAUCAGAUUGCGACGGUCGUAAGAUCAAAACAGGAAGUAAUACAACAUGUUUUCAGCAUCGAAAAUGUUCUUUCCAAAAUCCCUAACCCAGUUGAAGAGGUUAGUGUGUGGACCAUCCUCUCUGAAUAUUCAUGCCAGACACAUAUGUAGACUACGCCGCAGUGUGUGUGGUGGUCCGGCGAGGGAGAUGUUCUACCCAUCUUAUCCCUUUUUGUCAGGGAGCAAAGUGACUGGUCGACUCGGUCAGAGUUGUAUGGACGUUCCCCAGACCUUCACCACCUCAAGCGUCAGUUAUGAGGCCAUAGGUAGCAUCCAAUCUAAACAUUACCAGUUGGUGUACACGUGUAAGGUCUGCUCCACCAGAUCAAUGAAGAAAAUUUCCAAGCUGGCCUAUCAUAACGGUGUUGUCAUAGUGACUUGCCCAGGAUGCAAGAACCAUCACAUCAUUGCUGAUAAUUUGGGCUGGUUCUCCGACCUAGAAGGGAAAAGAAACAUUGAAGAGAUCCUCGCAGCCAAAGGCGAGACGGUGCAAAAACUCGAAGGGGACGCCGCUCUGGAGAUCCUGAAGGUUGACACUGGGGAAGAAGCACAAGACCAAUCCGAACAACAAGAAAUUGCAGCUUUGCCAACUAACUCCAAGGAGUCUUGACCAAAAUAUAUUGUAAAAAUACUUCCGUUGUAUUUGUUUUCCUUUUAAUUUGUAAUAAAUUAUUGUCUUGUCUUUUAUAA